AUGGCCAGUACUGCUUUCAACUGUGAUGCCGAGCUUUACAGCAAGACAAAGUUAGAGACAAAGCUUGAAACAAUGCCAAAGAAACAAGCGUUGGCGGAGUUUUGCAAGGCAAAUAGAAAGACGCUGUUCGGCAAAGCUGGACACUGCUCGAAUCGGGUUGAAGUGAGAAAGCAAACAUGUUGGCUAGAGGCCGUGGAGGUGAUAAGAGCAGCAGGAGGGCCACAGAUCAGAAAGUGGGAUGCUAUUCGAAAGAAAUGGAAUGAGCUGAAGGUCCAAGCCCAUAAAUAUCAGCUUAAGAAAAGUGUCACCGGGACAGACGAUCUGACAAAAAACUUUAUCACUUUGCGAUCAGACAGGGCCAAAAAGUUCUCUGAUGGAAAAAAGGCUCAUCGGACUCUGUACACGUAAGUUUUACCAAAA